AAGCAGCACUUGCACGAGUAGUAUAGAGACUGCGCCAUCUUUUGACGUUUGCGUUCAUAGUACCAUGCAACUCACUCUGCAGGAUCUAUUUUCUAUUCCCAUCUUGUUACGCGUUAUAAUAAUCAAUUCCAACAUACGCACAGCAAGUUCAGGCACACCUUGUAGUUCCUCUUUCACGACUUCAAAAGACGGCACUUUUAUUGAGAAGGUGAACCCAUCCAGUUUUGAGACGAAAAGCUUUUGCAACUACUUUAUUCAAGUUCAACAAGGAAACCAAGUAAACCUGACGUUCACAGAUGUCCAGCUGGAGACAUAUGACUUCUCUUUAACUGAUUAUGUCGUAAUAUUUGACGGCGCUGACUGCAUGUCCAAAAGAAUCGGAGUGGUAUACGACAAGCAUACAUCAAAUUUUACAUCAACGAGUAACAAAAUGACGGCGUUGUUAAUGGUAAAUAACCACGUAUAUCCAGUUGGAUUUCAAGCCAAAUAUGACACAGUUACUGGAAAGGAUCCUACAAUACAGCCCCCACCCAGCACGCAAAACCGCAUACUCGACAACUGUGGAAGCAAUCUAACAAAUGCGUCUGGUCAGCUAUCUUUUAAUGGAAGCGAAGUUCCAAACGUGCUGUGUAUAUGGAAGAUAACCGUUAAUACCAAGAAAGUUGUGCUGCUUCAAGUCGAAAAACUUACGUUGGAAUCAUCUUUCUCUUCUUUUCGAGUGUUGGAUGGGAGUACGUGUGCAGCCAACGAGAUUUAUCGCAUUUGGGGUUACGAUGACUUCAAACCAACCAGUAUCCUUUCGUAUUCGAACACGAUUACGGUGGUAUUUGCUUCGCCGCCGGGAAUAGUAAGAGAAAAGGUGAUGGCUUCAUAUACGAGUGUUGAACCGAAUUUCACUACGACCACUACCACAACAACUGUGCCACCGACCACUCCAGGAUUGGGUGAGUUCAGAUGA